AUGGGUGUCAUCAUUGCGGAGCCGACGACGAUAGCGACGACAAACAAUUGGGCCGACUCUGUAGAUGAAGAAACUGAGAGCUAUGGUGGCUAUACAGCUCGGCGUCCGCCGGUGGUACUACCAUCGGCUUCACGAGCUGCACGAGGUGGUAUGGCUGUUGAUGAAGAGAGCAUACCGCGCCACCCACCAUUCAUCGCUCACAUCUCAAACUUGCCCUAUGAUGUGGAGGAGAGUGCCAUCGCUGACUUGUUUGCUGGCCUCAAGAUUACCAACUUGAGACUUCCCCGUGAAGGUGGUCGCCUCAAAGGAUUUGGCUAUGUGGACUUUGAAGACAGAGAAAGUCUUGUUAAUGCAAUGAACAUUGAAGACCUGACAGUUGGUGGCAGGAGAAUAAGAAUAGAAGUCUCCGACAAUGAUAACGACCCCCGUAUGGGCAAAAGUGGAAGGUCUGACCGUGACGGGGAUUACGAUCCAGAGCGCACAAUGGGCGACUGGCGGUCCGGACCGCGUGCUCAACCAGAGUCUCAGGCGCGGACUCGAACCAUGGAUAGAGACCGAGAACGGGACCGUGGGAGAUAA